GAAAGACGCACAGGUGUAGAGGAAAGGGGAAUCUGAAGAUGCACAUGGCAGCCACAAAUGCAGUGUUCACCAGAAACCCGUCCGCAGCUUGCUGCAAGGAGUCAUAUUAAGGUUGAAGAGAAGGAGCUGGACUUUGUCUUUGAGUUGGUGAGCGUGCAGUUUAACCAGACGGGUCAGUACCAGUUGAUUCUGACCGCGGAGAAUCCGCUGCUGGACAACUCUGGAUCUGGGGUCCGAUUAAGAGUCAAUGAUGGGGAGGUUCUCCAAACCAACUCAAGCUCCACCGGUACCAUCAAGCAGGCGAAUGUGGACAACAUGUAUACCUGCAGCCCUAACAAGUUUGUCUUCACACUUCCUAAAGGAUAUUGCAAGAACGACAAAAACCACGAUGUGCGUCUGAAAGUGGAAGCCAUUCUCCUGACUGACUCUGGCGCCGAGGAGGCCACUAAAGCUGGUGAGGGUUUCUUUGCCAUCUACCCACGCACCAACGCGCCACGCAUCAACUUGUUUGCCGGGCCGGAUGAGGAGCUAUACCAGUACAGCGGCAUCAUGGCACUCCUCAGGACCCACGACGACUACCUGGCCAUGCACUGCGGCCGCUUGGCCUACACAGUGGCCUUCCACGAGACGCGGCCGGUCAUUAUAGACAGGAGCAUCGGCCGUCUUCCCCCUCCACCUUCGGUGCUGCCAGGGGAUGAUGGCACGGGAGGGCAGGGGCACGAGAAGCCUGAUGGUGGGCCUCCUCCAUCAUCCUCAGGCCCCACUACAUGUCCAGGGCCUCCAUUGCUGCUAGAGGAGAAUGAAACCAGGGCCCAGGAGGACCCAGAAGACUUCAGACCUUCUCCACCACCAUCUCCACAGACCACAGAAGCAAAGCUCAUACCCAUGGAGCCAGAUGAGGAUGGUGAGAGCCCGCCCCUCUCACCGAGGUGUGGAGUCUUCCUAAAGCCUGGGUGGAUCAGCAAACUCCCCCCACCCACCUGUGAGGAUGGUUUGAUCCUCCUCCCUCUCGUGGACACCCCUGUCCAGUCUUCCCUGCCACUUCCUUAUACACAUGUGAUCGAGUCUCCACGGCGCCGAGGCGAUGCUGCCAGCUCCCUCCCCCAGCCCUGUGGUCACGUGUCCCGUCCCGGUGAGCUGGUGGCCUGCGUCAUCGUGCACGGGGCCACCAGCUUACCGCCCCUCAGAGACGGGGGCGUCCCGCAGCCUUUCGCCUCACUGGCAACCGGAUCGUCGGAGGCCCGUGGGCGUCGGAGCAGAGGGGUGACCCGCGGCACUCUGCAGCCCACUCACAGCCCCUCCUGGGAGGAGACGCUGGCAGUCGAGCUCCAGGAUGAGCAGGCCCGUGGAGAUGUGCUGGUGCUGAGGGUUGCAGACAGCGGGAGCAGGGAGCUGCUGGCGUACUACCGGCUCCCUGUGGCUCACCUCCGGCCUUUCCAGCACUACCACCUGGAGCUGGUACAGGAGCACCCAUCUGUCCCAUCAGGAGUGCGUCUGUAUGUCAGCGUGGUGCUCAAAACCAGCAUCCUCCCCAGGCAGCCCUGUUUCUCCUUCACAGGCUUCGAGGUCUUACUGGAGGCCAUGACUGACUCGCUGAAAAAUCCUGUUGGGCCUUUGCUUGCUGUCGCCCGCAUUGUUGCAGAUUAUGACUUGUACAGGGACACCAUACUGCUCCAUAGCCCAAGCCUGGCGGGCGUUGCGGUGACCUUGGUGCCCUUCCCUGCCCCCCAGGAGUCGGCCCUCUCUCUGCCCCCCCUCACCACUCAUGGCCGCCCACAGGUGUCCCCGGCAGGCUGUCCCCAGGAGCGGCCCGUGUGGAGGCACAGCUUCCUGUUCCUGGGGCGAGACUGCGCCACCGUGUUCACGGCCGGAGCGGCGCUGGUGCUGGAGCUCUACCCCACCACCACAGUAAUGAAUUCAGUGAGUUGGCACCUGCGUAGCCCAGUGGGAUUCUGCAUGCUCUUCCUGGACCAGAGCCUCUACAGGAAGCUGAUGUCAGAGAGGGGACACAGGGGCUUUAGAGUGCCACAGCUCCCCCUGCAGCGUCCAGACUCCAUCUUGAGCGAGGCGGACACCAGUCUCCUGCCCCGUUUGGACCCUGAGCAGCAGGAUGAGUCGGCGUCCUCCAUGACACCCACCCCCCACUCUCCCCCGGACCCCCCCACACCUCUCCCUUUCCCAUCAGCCCCACAGCAGGAGCCAGACCCCCCCACAUCACCCACCCUCCAGCUCUCCAUAGACCGACUCACCCCGCCUCUGCCUGACACGGGGCCUGAGCAGCAGAGAGCCAACAUGGAGCUGGCCUUGAGCAACCCAGACAGGGAGGAGGAGGAGGAGGAGGAGGAGGAGGAGGAGUACUGA